AUGGCCUGUGGUGCUCAGCAGCAGAUGGUGGACAGGUAUGGUGCCUCAAUCGAGGAGGCCAAGAAGCACGCACGAGCUACAAGCCCACUCACGUCGCUCCAAUUCGCCCUGACAUUCUUUGGUGUCUUUUCCACUUUCACCCUCACCUUCUGGUAUGGCACUCUGAUCUUCACCAAGGGCAGACUAGAUGAUGUCGGGGUCAUCACUGUCAAUGUUCUAAUGAAUCUUACCAUCAUUUUCUUUUCCGUUGACCGUGUUUCAGCCCCCAUGCAGGCCAUAGGCAAAGCUUCCCUCGCCGCCUGCGAGUUCUUCUCCCUCAUCGACGCACCCGCACCUGAGAAGGGCUCACUUAGAGAACCUCGGGUAUCUGCAACAGACGAUAUUAUCUUUGACGGUGUCACUUUUGCGUAUCCGAGCAGACCUAAUGUCAAGAUUCUCGAUGAGCUCGACUUGCGCAUCGAAGCUGGCAAGAUCACUGCCAUCGUGGGACCCUCGGGCUAUGGUAAAAGUACCAUGGUUGGUCUAAUUGAACGCUGGUACUCACUCACGCAGCAACAUGGAAGUGUCACGACCUGUGACCAUUCUCUUGACGAGAUCGACAUCAAGUGGUGGCGAUCGCAGAUUGGUCUCGUUCAGCAAGAAAUGUUCUUGUUCAACGACACAGUCUACGAGAAUGUCGCCAGAGGAUUGAUCGGGCCUCGCUGGGAGGAAGAGGCCGAAGAGGUCAAGAGAGAACUCGUCAAGAAAGCCUGCCAGGAGGCCUUUGCCGAUGAGUUCAUUGACAAGCUCCCCCAGGGAUACGAUACAAAGGUCGGUAAUAGCGGUGCCGGACUCUCAGGCGGCCAACGCCAACGCCUCGCAAUCGCUCGAUCGAUCAUCAAGAGACCUUCUAUCCUCAUCCUCAACAAAGCAACAAGCGCCAUCGACGUGCGCGGCGAGCGCAUCGUACAAAAAGCCCUCAACAAGGCUGCUCAGGGCCGAACGACCAUCAUCAUCGCCCACCGACUUUCCACUAUCAAGAAUGCCGAUCGCAUCGUGGUUCUCAAGAAGGGCAAGGUCGUCGAGUCGGGCACGCAUGAGAGUUUGAUCUCUUCAGAUGGCGUCUAUGCGGUCCUCGUCAAUGCUCAGGCGCUUUCCUUUGGGGACUCUUCAGAGGAGGACAUCUAUGAUGGGUUUGACGCGGACAUUGACACUCUGAGCCGCGAAAAGAGUCAUGCAGUCUCUGAAUACGGUGACCACCCGCAGUCUGACAAGCAGAAAGGUUCAAAGGACCGCGGUUUCUUUGGAAGCUUUGGCCAAUUCUUCUUCGAGUCCAAGACCUAUUGGGGCCUCAUGAUCUUCUCCUUCAUCGCUUCUAUGGGAGCCGGUACAGCGCAGCCCUUGUACGCCUGGAUGUUUUCCAGAUCCAUUGAUCUAUUCAAGUAUCAGGAUGAUCGCUCCAAGCUCAUGGACAAGGUGGACUUUAUGGGUAUCAUGUGGACUGUCUUUGCAGCUUCUGCCGCCAUCGCAUACUACUUCACCUUUAUCUCCUCUGGGCGCGUUGCAUCCUUCAUCCGGGCAAAGUACCAAACGGAGUACUUUUCUUCGCUCAUUUUCCAGCGAGCCGCGUACUUUGACGCGGACGGUCAUUCCCAUGGCACACUAGUCUCCCGUGUAAGGGACGAUCCCCUGAAGCUCGAAGAGAUGAUGGGCACCAACAUUGCCCAGGUCUGCAUCGCCGUCUUCAACCUCGGCCUCGUUUCAAUGGCUGCUGUUACUCCGGUGUGUGUCUUUUCAGGCUACCUUCGGUUCCGGUAUGAGCUUCAGUUUGAGAAGAUGAACGACGAGGUGUUUGCCGAGAGUUCGCAAUUCGCUUCAGAAGCCAUCAACGCCUUCCGGACCGUCUCUUCUCUCACUCUCGAGGACUCUAUCUCUACUCGCUUCGAAAAGCUAUGCCACGGUCACGUCUCCUCCGCGUUCAAGAAAGCUCGCUGGGUCAGCAUCAUUCUCGGAUUCUCUGACAGUGCCACUCUAGGCUGCCAAGCUCUCAUUUUCUACUACGGCGGUCGGCUCCUCACUCAAGGAGAGAUUGUCAUCAUCGGCUUCUUUGUGUGUCUAAUGGCCAUGACGAAUGCUGCAGAGGGAUUUGGUCAGAGCUUGAGUUUCGGUCCUAACGCUGCCCAAGCGGCUGCUGCGUCGAACCGUAUCCUGGAUGUGGAAGAAUCCCGCUUGUUGGAGCCUGUCGGUAAAGGGGAUAUUCCUAAUACCGAGGGUGGCAUCACGAUUGAGCUGCGCGACGAGCGCCUGAGGUACGCUGGUCGAAAGACGCCUAUUCUAAACGGGUUGAACAUGACUAUCGAAAAGGGGCAAUUUGUUGCUUUGGUCGGUGCCUCGGGUUGUGGCAAAACUAGCAUCAUUUCUUUGCUUGAGAGAUUCUAUCAGCCCGAGAAGGUCCAGAUUCUCUGCAAUGGAAGGGAUAUCUCAGACGUCAAUACUUACACCUACCGCAAGCAUCUGUCAGCACACUCCGAGAUAACAUCCUUCUCGGUAUCAACCACCGACGAUCAACUACACUCUGCCUGCCGCGACGCCUCAAUCCACGACUUCAUCGCCUCCCUCCCCGAAGGCGACAACACCAACAUAGGCUCCCGCGGCGUCUCCCUCUCAGGUGACCAAAAGCAACGCGUCUCCAUCGCCCGGGCCCUUAUCCGCAACCCCCAAGUCCUCCUCCUCGACGAAGCCACCAGCUCUCUCGACUCUGAGAGCGAGAGGCUCGUCCAGGCUGCCUUUGAGCGCGCGGCAAAGGGGAGGACCAUGAUUGCUGUGGCUCAUAGGCUUGCCACCGUGCAGAAUGCUGAUGUUAUCUACGUCUUUGGUGAAGGUGGUCAUGUGCUUGAAAAGAGGAGUCAUGGACAGCUUCUCAAGAAGAGGGGCGUCUAUUACCAGAUGUGUCAAAAUCAGGCUCUUGACCAGUAG